GUAAUCGCAUGGCUGCAGAGUGCAAGAGAAGACAAGGAAAGUAAAAGCGACUGUUGGUGCUUAAAUGACUACAAGUUUGGUAUAGCAGUAGGAGUAGGAGCUGCGGUAGCAGCUCCCAUUGUUCUGAAUGCCGCAGGAUUCACCGCUGCCGGCGUAACAGCGGGUUCGGCAGCUGCAGGUGUCCAGUCUACAGUCUACGGAGCAGCAGUUGGUGCUGGCAGUGUAUUCGCAGGGCUCCAGAGUGCAGGAGCCGCCGGAAUUGGCCUGGCGACAAACGUGGGCAUAGGUAUCACUGCAGGGGCGACGGCGACAUUUUUGAAAAAAGCAUUCUACCCAUGUAACUCGGAGUUCACAUCAGAUAGCAAGGAGUGA